AUGGCUGUCAACAAUAAGAGCGCCUCCAUGUUGGACCAGCUGCCAGGGGAGCUCCUCGACCUCGUGGCCGCCCAGCUCGACGCCCACGACCUGCGCAGUCUCGUGCUGACGGCGAAACAGUUUUCUGAAUUGUACAAUGAAGUACUGCUACAAAAUGCCAUGGACUAUGACGGCAAGCCCAUGACGUGGGCCGCGGUCAACGGCGACGUGGCUCUAGCCACACGCGUUCUGGACCUGGACGAGCGUCGUCGCGGCAUGUCGGGCAUCGCGUGGCACUGGACCAAGCGCUACGAGACCAGUCUGCUCAAGGCUGCCGACGAGGGCGAGGCCAACAUUAUUGCGCUCUUGCUGCAGCGGCUGCCCGACCUGGACCUCAACCGCAACGAGGGGCCGUACCGGCGAUCGGCUCUAUGGAGCGCUGGCCUCCGCGGGCAUGUCUCCGCGCUGCGCGUGCUGCUGGAAAGCGGCCGCAUCAAUGCAGACAAGACAGACUAUCUUGGACAGACGGCGCUACGCAUGGCCGUUGAGUGCCAUCGUCCCGAUGCCGUGCGCGUGCUGCUCGAGCUGGGCGCUGAUCCGCGCGUCGCCGACGUCGACGGCGCCACGCCCGCCAUGGCCGCUGCGGCGCAGGGGCACACUGAUAUUCUGGACAUCUUUGCCGCGCACGAUCGAGACCUUGUCCUCAUGGGCGAUGAGCGUGGUUUCACGCCGCUGCUGGCUGCGGUCACGAGGGGCUGCGUCGAAGCGGUACAGGCCCUCGCUGGACACGGCGCAGAUCUCUGCACGCCAUGGGAAGGCCAGACGCCGCUGGAGCACGCCAUCACUAGAGAAGCGGCGAAACUCGUCAAAUGUCUACUUGAGCAACCCGCCGUGGCCCAGGAAGUGAAUGCCCCCCGCUCUGACGGCACGACGUUGCUCAUUGCGGCUAUCCAGCGCGGCUCCAAGCCGACGACGAUCCGUGCGCUGCUGCUCGGCGGUGCAGACCCUAACUUGCGCAGCAGCACUGGAGCGUCACCGAUGACGUAUGCCCUGCGCGCCAUGGCAUGGUCUCUCACGGAUCGUGACAUCGAUAUCCGUGAACCUACCACGGCGAGAGAGCUCCUGCUCGCCGGCGCGGACCCGAACCGCCGCGAGCGGCCGCCGGACCUGCACAAUACGCACCAGGCCGGCUCGCCGCUUGCGGAGAUAGCGGCCAAGGGCCACUGGCAGUUGGUCGACUACCUGAUAAGCCUCGGGAACAACCUGGUGGACUGGCACGCAGGCGUGCACACGGACACGGCACCGCUGGCGUGCGCCACGCGCAACGGCCACCUCAAGGUUGUGCAGAGCCUGGUGGACAAGGCCGGUUUGAGCCCCAACAUCGUGUAUGCCCUGGACGAGAGCCAGCUAGGGGACGUGACGCGGGACCACGAAAGGCGCAUCAAGACGCGGGCGUGCGGGCCGGCGGCGUUCAUCGCCCUGGACCGAGGCGAUGUCUCCACGGUGCGCUGGCUGCUGGGCUCGGGGACGGUGGAUCUGGCGGCGCGGAAUGCGCACGGCAGGACGCUGCUGCACGAGGCGCUGCUGUUGCGAGGGCGGCCGUGGGACCAGAAAGACAUGCUGGAUGCGCUGCGCGAGGUGGGUUGCGUGCCGACUGCGAUGGAGCUGAUGAUCUUGGGAGACGUUGCAGGGGAAAUGGAUGAAGACACAGAUUGA